AUGUCGCCGACAAAUAGCACCGUGGCGUUCGCAGGUGACGCCUCCUUUCCACCAGCAAUCCAUGGCCGUGAUGUCGAAGAGCAGCCGUCCUCUUCUAUCAACCAAGUUUCUUAUUUCAGACACUUUAUAGACCAAGCCGGUGUGACGCGGGCCGUUAUUGACCACGAGUAUCACGGCAAGGGCACGGCCGAGUUACCUUUCGUCAUCGACUUUCUACCAGAAGACUCUUUCAAUCCCCUUAGCUUCUCCAAGGGCCGCAAGUGGCUGAUUAUUACAAUUCAGGCCAGCGCCACGCUGGCUGUUACUUUCGCCUCGUCCGCCUAUUCUGGCGGAAUUCGUGAGGUUUCUGUUGACUUUGGCGUCUCAGAAGAAGUAGCCAUCCUCGGCAUCUCACUGUUCGUCUUGGGCUUUGCCCUCGGUCCUCUCCUGUGGGCUCCUCUCUCCGAGGUCUUUGGUCGCCAGAAGAUCUUCUUCAUAAGCUACCUUGCUCUCAUGGCCUUCAAUGCCGGUGCCGCGGGCGCCGGCAGCAUGAGCGCCCUCAUCGUGCUGCGUUUCUUUGCUGGCGCUUUUGGCUCCGCACCUUUGACUAAUGCUGGCGGCGUUAUUGCUGACAUCUUCUCAGCCGAGGACCGUGGCAUAGCGGGUGCCAUCUUCUCCAUGGCGCCAUUUUUGGGUCCUGCCCUUGGUCCCAUCGCUGGUGGCUUUCUCAGCGAGGCUGGUGGAUGGCGCUGGAUUGAAGGCGUGAUUGCCAUUUUCUGUGGUGUUGUUUGGAUUGCCAGUUCUGUCACGUACCCCGAGACAUACGCUCCUGUCCUGCUCAGAAAGCGUGCAGCCAAGCUGUCCAAGACAACCGGGAAGGUUUACAUGAGCAAAUUUGAUGCUCACAGUCCCCCUCGCAGUACUAUUUCACGGUUUGAAGUCUCGAUUACUCACCCUUGGGUUCUUCUUAUCAAGGAGCCUAUUGUCCUGCUCACCUCGAUCUACACUGCCAUCAUCUACGGCACGUUGUAUCUCUGCUUCGCUGCCUUCCCCAUCGUCUUUCAGCUUGGCCGUGGCUGGGGCUCUGGUAUUGGUGGUCUUGCCUUUAUCGGUAUAGCAAUCGGUAUGGUUUGCGCAACUCUAUACGCCGUUUGGGACAACCAGCGCUAUAAACGGGUGGCCGCUACGUACCCCAAUGGCACGGCUCCUCCCGAAGAGAGACUGCCGCCUGCUAUUCUCGGUUCUAUUCUGCUUCCUGUUGGUCUCUUUUGGUUUGCGUGGACUAGUGGUCCCGAAAUUCAUUGGGCGGUAUGCAUUGCCGGCUCUGGCUUUUUCGCUGCAGGUACACUUCUUGUCUUCCUCCCGCUCCUCAACUACCUCAUCGACUCUUAUAUCGUCUACGCGGCCUCGGUGCUAGCGGCCAACUCGGUCCUUCGAUCUCUCUUCGGCGCAGCUUUCCCUCUCUUCACAUCUCACAUGUACAAGCACCUCGGCAUCCACUGGGCUAGCUCCAUCCCGGCUUUUCUAUCCCUUGCCUGUCUCCCGUUCCCAUUUCUCUUCUACAAGUAUGGUGCUCGGAUCCGCGCUCGGUGCAAGUUUGCGUUGGAGGCUUCCCGCGCGCUUGUGGAGAUGCAGGCGCGGGCCUCUGCCGCCGCAGCUGGUCCCAGAAGCGAGAAAGAUGCUACGGUCGAUGAGGCUCCAGGGCCGUCCGAGCAGAUGGCCGAAAAGUAA